AUGAAGUUGUCGACUUUACAAAACGAAUUGUCAGAAGAAAGGGGACUAGCCGCCGCUUUAGCGAACAGUCAAGCGGAAUGGCAAGCUAGAGCCAAACUACAGGAAGAAAAAUUUGUCAAGGAGGUGGCGGAGCUGAAAGAGCAACUGCGGGACGUGAUGUUCUUCGUAGAGGCACGCGGCCAGCUCGAGCAGGCCGGCGCAGCCAGCCACUCGCUCUCCGCUGAGCUGCAGGACGCGCGUGUUACUGUCGCACCGCCCCCCAAGCCGCGCCGUCGCAGGCGGUAG